UGAUCAUUUGGAGCUACUGUCCAGACUCUGCAUCCAUGGCUGACUCCAUGCAGUGCAAGUUAAGUGUCCAUGAAUGCAUCUCGCGAUCACGUAGUGACAAUGAGGAAGUGUUGUUACGACGACGAAGGGGAAAACGACGCGUUUGUGAGUUGGAAAUACAUAUAUGUUGUUGGAAUUGCACCGCUGUUGAUGUGCUCAGGUUAGAGUAAAGUUAUGAAAGAGCGUCAGACUGUGUGACUCUGUGGGGAACGACACUGUGCUGCUGCCGUCUGUCGACAUAACAUUGAGAUGUUAUUUUCCAAUUCCAGAGCUUCUUGUUCAGCAAGCCUUCGUAUUGUAGCUGAUGAAUGUUGAUGACUUGAUGACUAGUCGAGAUGAUCCUGAUCUUUUAAUGAUCUUUGGCAACAAAUACUUUGGCUUCAAAAGAGAGGUGAACGCCAUGGCAGCAGUUAUCUUGGUGUUUUAUUAAGUUGCUCCCCUUAAGUCACUCAUUCAAGAGAUCACGUAAUGUUUGCUUGAGGUUUGCAGAGCCGUGCACCGUGCAACUCUGCAAGUUUGAAGUCCAACACGCGGGUUCACUUCUGCUAAGUCCGCCAGUCGGCCCAGUGGGAAACUGCUGUGAUUCCACAUCAUGACAGGAUUUCCUCGCGUCUGUGGAGCCUUGUUGUUGCUCAGCCUGUGUCUGUUUUCUUCUUGCGAUGGAGGGAACAUUCUGGUGGUCCCCAUAGACGGCAGCCACUGGAUCAACAUGAAGGUCCUGCUGGAGGAACUCCACCAGCGAGGACACAACCUGACUGUGAUCCGAGAAUCCCACAGCAUGUACAUCGCAGAGACGUCGCCUCUGUACACGUCCAUCACCAUCGAUCUGCCUGGACAGUGGGAGGACUUUUUCAACUUUAUGGAGGAGGUCAUUCGGGGCCACAGACAAGGACGUCCAAUGCAGAGUGAGUUCUUCAACAUGCUCUUGGGGUUCCAUUCGUUCUGGGCUAAAGCCCUCACUGAGCUCCUCGAUGAUAAAGCGAUGGUCCAACGGUUAAAAGAUUCCCACUACAACUUGGUCAUCACCGACCCAGCCUGCUCGACCGGAGUCGCACUUGCCAAGUAUCUGGACCUGCCUCUAGCGCUCAACGUCCGCUGGAUCACUGCUGGAGAUGGUCACUUUGCAAUCGCCCCCUCUCCUCUCUCCUAUGUCCCAGUGCCAGGGUCGUGCUUGACGGACAAGAUGGACUUCUUCCAGAGAGUGAAGAACAUGCUUCACUAUGUUCUCUCUUCUUUCCAGUAUAAAGUCUUCCUAGAACCCAUCUUUAACACCGUUUGUGAGAAAUACAUAAAGGGCGGUUGUGACAUCACCGCACUGCUUCAGGAGGCCGACAUUUGGCUCUUCCGCUCGGAUUUUGUGUUUGACUUCCCGCGGCCCACCAUGCCAAAUGUUAUCUACAUCGGAGGCUUCCAGUGCAAACCGGCCAAUCCCCUGCCGGCGGACCUGGAGGACUUUGUUCAGAGCGCUGGGGAGGACGGCGUCAUCGUCAUGAGCAUGGGGAGUUUAGUGAACGGCGUGCCAGCUGAGGUCGCCGAAGAAAUUGCCGCCAUCUUUGCUAAGUUGCCUCAGAAGGUCAUUUGGCGACACAAGGGGUCUCGGCCGUCAACGCUGGGCAACAACACCCUCAUAAUGGACUGGAUGCCGCAGACGGAUCUACUGGGCCACCCUCAGACCAAACUCUUUGUAGCUCACGGAGGAACCAACGGACUCCAGGAGGCCAUUUACCACGGCGUCCCCGUCCUUGGGAUUCCCUUGUUCUUCGACCAGCAUGACAACCUGCUGCGCUUGCAAGACAGAGGCGCCGUCAAGAUCCUGGAGCUGCUUCAUCUCAGCCAAGACUUUGAGGAGAGCCUCAAGGAGGUCCUCCACCAGGACAGCUACAGGCGGAACAUGCAAAGGCUGUCGCGGCUGCAUCGAGAUCAGCCAACUAUGCCCAUGGACCGGGCCGUUUUCUGGGUGGAGUAUGUGAUGCGCCACAAGGGGGCACCUCACCUACGCACGGAGGCUAAUAAGAUGGCGUGGUACAAAUACUAUGGUCUGGAUGUGUUCCUGCUGCUGGCAGCUGUUGCGACCAUACUGCUGCUGUCAGCUGUGGCUCUCUUCAGGUUCCUGUGCUGCGGAAAGGGAAGAAAAAACAAAAGCAAACAACAGUAAAUUUGUUCCAAACAUACAGUGGGGAAAAUAAGUAUUUGGUCCCCUGUUGAUUAGGUAAGUUUACCCUCUUACAACGGUAGAACUUUCUGAUAGGUUUAUAGUAACAGAGACAGACAUAAUGUCAAAGAAAAAAACCCUUUAAAUAAAGGUUAUACAUUGAUUUGUAUUUUAUUGGAGGAAAAAAGUAUUCAAUCCCCAACCAACCAGCAAGCUGGUUAUGUGCCCAUCAAGCCCACAAGUGAGUCCUGCCCCUUUAAGAAAGCGGGGCUGCCAACGAACAGGGGACUGGAAAAUUUCCUAACAAGAUGAAAAUAGCUAAUGCGGUUCCAAUUUUCAAAAACGGAGAUGAACAUCAAUUUUCAAAUUACCGACCAGUUUCCUUAUUACCAAUUUUCUAAAAUUAUCGAGAAGCUAUUUAAUCACAGGUUGGACAAAUGUAUCAAUAACAACGGAUUACUGGCAGGUAGUCAAUGCGGAUACAUUUCAACUUCAACUAACAUUUCAACUUCUAUGGCACUGAUCGAAAUCACAAAGGAAAUUACUCAUGCUAUAGACCAGAGAAGGUGUGCAGUAGCACUAUUUAUGGAUCUUACAAAAGCCUUUGAUACAAUUCAUCACAAUAUUUUAACAACAAAAUUAGAAAGGUACGGAAUCAGAGGAUUAGUUUUGGAUUGGUUUAAAAGCUACCUAGCAAACAGGAAACAUUUUGUAAGGCUAGGAUAGUACACAACUGUGAGUUUAAAUAUUACGUGUGGAGUAAAAACCAAACCAAAUUAGGGACAUGAUUGUAGACCUGCACAAGACUGGAAUGGACUGCAUGACCAUCAACAGGAAGAAUCGUCCUUGCUCCGAAGACCCAUGCAAGAUUUCACUUGGUGGGGUAAGGAUGAUUGUGAGAAAGGUGAGGGAGCAGCCCACAAUGACAAGGGACAAUCUGGUUCAUGAUGUCAGUGGAGUUGGGAGCACAGUCAGCAAGAAAAACAUUAAUAGGGCGCUCUGCUGUAAUGGAUUGAGAUCCUGCAGUGCCCACAAGCUUGCAAAAUCAGCAGGGGAUCGGAUACUCAAUUUCCCCACUGAACAUUCAACACCCCAUCCAUACAUACACAAUGUCGCUGAUUUGUGUUACUCACGCCUUUUUAACAGAGGUGUUAAUUUGAAUGACUUUGGACUCGACUUGACGUUAUCAUCAAAGACUUGCAACUCCCUUGGAUUUAGACAUCAUUGACUCAGGACUUAAGAUUUUUAGUGAGUGUGUUGACUAAAAAUGUGUCCCCAUUCAAAGUAUUCAACUAACGUGACCGUUAUGUCUUUUCAAGCAAGACACCAAAUGUUCCCAUGGAACUUUUCUCAUUGAAUGCAUUUAUUAAGAACAAAUGCGGGUGUGGCUUACAUUUCUGGGAGUGCCAGACUGCUGGAGAGUGGUAGUGACUCAUGCCGGGAUGGAGGAAUUUAAUUUGCAUUUGCAAAUUACGAAGUCAUGGUAUUUUGUUUGGUAAACACUUAACAGUGCAUAUGACUUGUAAGGAUUCGAAAAUCUCAAGCCUACGACUUCGGACUUGACUUGACCUGUCUUGUGUUGACUUGAGGCAUGGACUUGCACGUCUUUACUUGAGACUUGGGAUUAAAGACUGGAGACUUAUUUGAGCACUGACUUUCUCCCACCUCUGCUAUUUAAUCUUUCAUGUACUGCAUGUGCUAAAUAAGACGAUUAAAGGUCUAAUUUUGUCGCUAAAUCUGGCGACAUUCCAAACCCUCUUGGCGACAUGUUUUUUCAAAAGCAACUAGUGACAAAUCUAGCUACUUUUUCUGGUGUUGUUGGAGAGGUUUGUGGUAUUUAGGGGCUUAAAAGUGAAAGCAUGUCGCAAGCCAUCAGUGCACUGUCGGCUUCCGCGGCACACUGAGACAUUAGUGGAGCUCUACAUGAAGUUAAACCAGUAGUCCUCACUGCAAGAUAAAAGGUGGAGGCUGGAGGCGAGUCCGGAUGUAAUUAUUAUGCUGUCUAGACUUUGAGAGGCGCUGGCCAAAAUAAAACAUUAAAAUUAUUUUAUUUUUAUGAAACGAUGGCCAAUUUUAUAUUAACAAACUAAGAUUCAUGUUUAUUUGUAGUUUUAAACAUAAUUAAGGUGUUUUUAGUCACUUUUUUGUCUCUCCUGUGAGGUUAUGCAGUUUUCCUACAGCAUCUCUUAAAACAUUAUAUGCAAAUAACAUGCAAAUUGACAGCCAAAUAACAGCCAAUGACGCAAUCUCGCGAUUUCUAGCGACUUCUAGGACAGCCAACAGCAACUCUUCUUACUGAGGACUUGGUAACAGUGACACCAACAUGUCAGUCGAUGCUUUCAUCCACACAAGAGUUCAGACGCGCUGACAUCUGCUUACUUUGAACAGGUGCGUCUGCCUCGACCUCCUCGCCAUCGCUAUCAGCAGACACUUCCUCCCUUUGGGUCCUUUUGCUUUCUUUACUCUGCAUGCUCCUCCCUGCUUCUCCAUCCACGACUUUUGGACAUAAAAUCCUCCCAGUGGUUGUGGCGGGGAUCGGAUGAUGUCACUGUUGUCUUUCAGGCUGGGAAUGCAGAAGCACUCGGUGGGGACAUUUUCAGCGCCUGCUUACUUCCCAAAAUACAGUAUGUGUUCAUUCAGGUUAGGUCUGUCAGGUCAGUUAAUAAUGUGCGGUAUAUUAUAAAGAAAGGCAUUCUGAAAUACAAAAUGCAGAUAUUUGAAUUAGGGGUUUCAAAUUUAAAGCAUGAAUUGCAAUUGAUUAAUUACAGUCAUAUUUAGUGUGUUUUUUU